CACACGAAAGAAAGGAAGAAGGAAACGGAAGACCUGCCUCAAGGGACCUUCCCAGAAUGUUAUCGGGGGGAGGGAACUAGAAGGAGAUGAAACAUGAAGCUUAGUCACUCCUAGCCUGAACUUCCGGCAGCUAUUGCAAGCCGUCACUCUAUGGUGAACUCUAUGUUGAAAACGAUGCCUACUUUGCGUUGGAAGAAGGGAGGGGAGGAACCAAUCCGGUUUUAUACCGGACGUUUUCUCUCUUUGGGACGAUUAUGACAUCACCUCGCGUUUGGUCUUGUUAAUCAAGUGGGAGGAGCGGCCGUUUUGAGUGCAGGAGGGACUGAAGCAAGAGGCUGGCAAAUUGCACCCCAGCAAAAGAUGCAUCUAACAGGAGCCAUUGACUGUGUUUUUCUAAAAAAAAGGUCGAACCUAUGGAUGGUUCCCUCUUGAGUUCACUGGGUCUGACUUCAAAGGAUUGCGGGCGACAUUUCUCAGACAAAACGACAAGGAGGGAGAGCCGUCUGUAUUUUCAUUAAAAACUGUAGAGUCUUGUGACACCGUAAAUACUAGCAAAUUUUUAAAAGGCAGUUGUUAUGCAUUUUAAUACGACCUCUUGCUUGUUACCAUUAUUGGAGAAUACAAAAUCGGAAUAAAUCCCUUUGUAUUCAGUGGGGUUUAUUGUCUUCUUGUAAAAGUUCCUAGGAUUGCAGCCUUACAGUGCAGCUCUACUCAGAAGUAUGUUCUCAUGUCCUGUUUUCAAACACUUCUAUUUAGCAAGGAAUGUAGCUGCACAUGUCUUUCUUGGGGACUUUUGCCACCAUAAACCAAGCAAUGGCACGGAAUUGCUCUGGAUGUAAAGAGAAGAGGCCUGCGCACAGCCUGUGUACUACCUGCAACAAGUGGCUGUGCAGCUUGUGUACAGAAGAACAUGGGCAUGGCAAGGAAACAGGAGAACAUUUCCUGCCUAUUCCGCUGAAGGGAUGUUCAGGAGCUGAUGGGGAAACAAGUGAAUUUCCCUUGUAUUGCUCAAUGCACAGUCAAGAGACACUCAAACUAUUUUGUGAGACCUGCGAUGUCCUUACUUGCCGCUGCUGCCUUCUGACAGAGCACAAGGAACACAGGUUCAGGCAUCUCCAGGAAGCACUGCAAAACCAGCAAGCCAUCCUGGAAAAUGUAACCGCUAAAGUGGAAGAGAAGAAAAAUGGAGUGCAGGUCUCAGCCAAACAGACUGAAGACAGAUUGUUUGAAGUAAAACACCUGCAAAGAAAAGUGGAAAAUCAGAUCAAAAUGGCCAAGAUGGUCCUGAUCAGUGAAAUAAAUAAGCGAGCAAAUGUUCUACUUGAACAGCUAGAGAGGCUCACCAGCGAAAGGAAGCAGAAACUGGAACAACAGCUCCAGGGCAUCAUGGUGUUAAACAGGCAAUUUGAACAUGUGCAAAACUUUCUCAGUUGGGCAGUGUGCAGUAAAAACAGUGUUCCAUUCCUCUUCAGUAAGGAACUGAUUGUGUUUCAGAUUCAACGUUUGCUAGAAACAAACUGUAAUACUGAUGUGGGUCCUCCUUGGAAGGUCAGAUUCACAUGGGACCCAUCUUUCUGGACUAAACAACUGUCCAAUUUAGGACACUUGUCAAUGGAGGGGGGACCACCCCAUCACUCAGAAGUACCAACCUAUGGAAGCAUGCAAGGAAUGCAGCCCUCUUUGUAUCAUCAUCAUGGGCAUCAUUCACCAGCCCCGCAGCAUGACUCUCUCAAUAAUCAGUCACACCAAUUUCAGCCUCCUGUUCAUUGCCCAACACCUGUGUGCUGCACCCAUUGCCUUAACAUUCCACAUAUGAAUAAAGGACAACUUCCUCACCAAACCAUGAGCCAUCCUCAUUCCUUCCGACAGCCUCCUGAUAUGCAGCACCAACAGCAGCAUUUCCCUCUGCAGUAUAGCCUGCAGCAGCAUGAAAGAGAACAGAGGUGCACCCCUAGACCUGUGAAAACAAUGCAGCCUUGUGCAGAGCAGAAAUCUCACCAGGAGCAUGAUACUUUAUCUGCCAGGAUAGGAAAACCUUCCCAAGAGCAAACAUUGCCCCAGGGAACACACCCCAUUUAUCCUCUUCCACUGCAGGAUGGUCAACAAGCUCAGGCUAGCCAUUCCCAGCAGUUUCCUGCGCAAUCUACUCUGCACAGUCCAACACUGCAAGUUCAGCUUGGUCCUCUCCAGAAGCUAAAGCUGAAUCACUUGCAACAGCCACAGCAGCAGGAACAGCUGCCGCCGCCACUGCCACCACCACCACCACCACCACCACAGCUGUCACCACAGCAGUCAUCUGCAACAGGUCAGACUGAGAAGGCUCAUGAACAAGUGAUACAGCAGAGUUUGGACAUCAUGCACCACCAGUUUGAACUGGAGGAAAUGAAGAAAGAUUUGGAGCUUCUUCUCCAGGCUCAGCAACCGAGUCUGCAAGUGAAUCAGGCUAAACAGCCUCAGCAUGUUCAGCAAACAAUUGUGGGACAGAUAAACUACAUUGUGAGGCAGCCAGCUACAGUUCAGCAGCAAAGUCAAGAUGAAGUCCUACAGGUUGGUGAAGAUUCCACUGAGUCAGAGGGUCAAAAACUGACACUUCCCCUUGAUAGAAACAUGAUUGUACCUAUGUCACAGCCAUUAGAAGAUGCUGUUGUCAGAAUUCAUUCCCCAGAGAGCACUUUGUUGAAUCCUGUCAGAAAGCGGUCAGCUUCACUGAACCUUGUGGGCUUUUCAAAUGCAUUAGAAAUGGAGUUGUCUUCAGCAAGGGUAUCCAAGUCAGCUGAUCCAAAGGCAAAAGAAAUCUCCAUGGUAACAUCUGGACAGUCCCAGAGUAUGCCGAAUGCCUCUAAUGUGCAGCCUGAAGUUUUGCCUAGUUACAGCCUGGCUUUGGAUAGAACUACAAAUGACCUGAACUCUGACACUAUUGACCACUUAGCAACUGGCAGUUUAUCUCUGGUGAAUACAGUGUGCAAGCUGGAAAGUGAAGAGUUCAGCUCCACGAGUUACCCUCUUGGAAGUGACUCUGCUGCUGCUGAGUCAAAAGACAUUAAUGAGUUAGCUCUUCCUAUGCAAAAUAUUCUGGAAGAGCCUAUUAAUCUUUCGGUGAAAAAAUCUCAGCCAUGUGCCUCCCCUCCUAUACAUAUGAGUAAUGCUUCCUGCAUGCAGUCAGUUACUCCAAAAUCAAGACAUAUUGAAGAUUGCCAAAACUGUGAAGAGGAACCUUUUCAAAUGGAAAUUAAAAAUAAUCAGAACAACAGAGCUUGUGCCGAAGAGGUGAAAGUCCCUUAUGUGCGUCUGGAACGACUGCAGAUAUGCACAUCAGAAUCUGGAGAGCUUCCAGUGUUUAAACUGCAGCCACAGAAGAAUGAACAUGAUGGAACUUUCCUACUGAUAAUUGAGUGUGGUACUCAGUCUUCAAGCAUGGCUAUUAAGGUCAACCAAGGAAAUCCAUCUGAAAGACUGCAUCUCAAGCCUGAGAAUGUGGAAGAAAAGAGAAUUCCCACAAGUCAACCAACAGAGCAAGUGUUGCAUCCUUCUGUAGAUCAUAGGAUGAGUAAUAGUAUGAAAAAAUCUGUGCUUACUCAAGAAGACCAUCCAAUUGAGAAUGAGGACUUCUGUGCUGUUUGUCUAAACGGAGGAGAGCUAUUGUGCUGUGAUAACUGCCCAAAGGUGUUUCAUCUUUUAUGCCAUGUUCCUGCCUUGCUCAGCUUUCCUGUAGGUGAAUGGGUGUGCACCCUUUGUCGCAAUGUGGAGAAACCAGAGGUUGCUUAUGACUGUGAAAACACACGUUUCAGUUACAGUAACACGCUAAUGCCAGCAAGAGCAUUUUAUGGCCUUGAUGACUAUGAUCAGAAGAAGUGUGAGAAACUGAUACUUUCGCUGUUCUGCAAUAACCUGAGUCUUCCAUUCCAUGAGCCAGUCAGCCCUCUGGCUCGCCAUUAUUAUCAGAUAAUCAAAAGGCCCAUGGACUUGUCCACAAUCCGGAAAAAGCUCCAGAAAAAGAACAAAUUACAUUAUUCCACCUCUGAGGAGCUGGUAGCAGAUGUGCGCCUUAUGUUCUGGAACUGUGCAACAUUCAACUAUCCUGAUUCAGAGGUUGCUGAGGCUGGACGAUGCCUGGAAAUAUUCUUUGAAAGCAAGCUAAAAGAGAUAUAUCCAGAAAAGCAGUUCUGCUUGGUGCAGCAAGAUGACUCUGAUUCAGAGGAGGUGGAACAUGAAAAUAGCCAAGCAUCUCCGAAAGGAUUCCAGUGGCCCUCAUACAGACAAGAGUGCAUCCAGCCCAAAAGAAGGCGACGACAUGCUGAAAGUGAAAAAACUAAAAGACCAAUGUUUUGGCCAGCUAAAGGUCUUUCUCAGGUGUGACUUGUGGAGUGCUGCUUAGGAUGCUGUGAAGAACAAAACAUCAAUCAAAAUAAAAUGUGUGAGAGACGGUCAGAAAAUGUCACUUAGAUAUUUCAUCUGAGUUUCACACUAGUGGUCAAUCAACUCCCCCCCCCCCCAAAUCCUAUGAGGAGAUUACAUUUUUAAUGGGUAGCGGCCAUCUAUCUGCUGUCUAAAAAUUUGUGUUUACACUAAUAUUUCAUCAUAUGCAAUAGUGAUUAAUGAUAAAAAUAGGAAAUUUGUUAUGCUGUUCUUAAGAUUAUUUCAUAAAUUCUCUUCACUUAAUAGAUUGUAGCUAAAAAUAGCCAUCUGGCAAUGGUACCAUUAGAGGGCAUCAAGCAUAUUCCACACUUAUCUAUAAUGUCCAUAAUAAUUUUACCAUAGGUGGCAUUGUCUCAGCCUAUUGUCUCCUCGAGUGAAAAAAAUGAAUCCGAAGUUCAUCUGGUAUGUGUAAUGCACUGUUCCCAAUGCAGCUGGUAGCCAUUGUUACGUUUUCCUGCUAACACAUUGUGGCAACCAAAGACCAAAUCCUUGGAGUUCAGUUGAAGCAUAGUUUACCAUGGCCUCCAAGCCUGAAUUGUACUGAGAGUUCUUGGUUCUGUGCUUACUAUAAGACUAGAAUGUGGUGUUGGAAGAAAUAAUGUGAAAUAAUUGCAUUCAGGAAUUCUAUUAUUUAGUUCUGUGGGGUUGAGGUGGGGGAAAGGAUUUUAUUUUUCAGUUCUCACUCAUAUAGGGUGAUUGUGUGCCAGAAGUGGAUUGAUGCAACCAUCUUGGGGAGGAGGGGGGGUUGAGUGCCCAUCUGAUACCAGCAGCUCACAUUAUACCUUAAGUUAUAGGUGCUCACCUUAUGUUAAUCCUUUGUCUGAUUGUACUGCAAAUGGGUAAUUAGGAAGCCAUCAGCAGGUGAAAUCUUCAUGACUGCACAGGAGUAAAACCAGUAAAGGGUAUUUCUGAGGUGCAUCAUUCUGGUUUUAUUAGGGUCUUUUUUCAUCCUCUCACUUGAACAGUAAAAUACCAAAUUUAGAAUGUGAGGGUAUCCCCUGCAGACAAGCUGUAGCAAAAUCUUAAAUUACAGUUGUUUACUCAGUAUAAUGCCACAAGUUCUCAUUCCUCAUGCCUUGUUCUUAUUACACAACACUCUGUGAAGCCUAAUUCAUGCCACAUUCCCUGCAGCAUGUCAUUCCUAAUUCCAAGUGAGAUACAUGAAACACACACUGUUAAUGGGGAUUGGGUGUGAUUGCAGUUGGGGAGGAAUGGUCUUAUACUUCCUGGUUUUCAUUUGGCUCUUUUAAACAGGAGUUGUUUUAAGUCCCCCAAAGAGUAGUAUACUAGAUUUACUGUAAAUGAAGAGGGCUUUUGAGCAGUCUAUAUGAAUAUGCUAUCCAUAGAUGUUAUAACAGAGAAAAUGUUAAGCGCGUUUAUAGAAUUAUUAGG